GAACAAUAUGUGGCUCCUUAUGCUGCAGACUGUAACCCACUGUUUUUCUGUAAAACUUAUCAUUCUAUUUUUAAGCAAUGUGUUAAAUAUAAUCUAUCGAUAUAAACAAAAGCCCUUGACCCACACUCCAGACCAAGUGGUGGCAGUAAUGUUAUUUACUAUUUAAACACCCGAAGACGAAGAAAGCGCACUGACUGUUGUGUGGGUUUUCUGUUUUCUGAACAGAAGCAGAAAUUACUUUUUAAAUCACGAUUUUCACUUUUGGAAGUGAGUGAUUGGUUUUUUUUUUUUUGGCUGGUUUUCUGUUCCUACGGGUGUGAAGGAAACUACACCGCUUGAAUCAGUUACUGAUACAAUUGGAAUUUAAUAGCCCCCCCCGCGAAAAAAAGAUACCCAACCCACCACCCUGAGAAGAAAACUAAAAAUGCACGCAAAGCAUCACGCGCGGAUCACCAACAAGAUUUUUCUUUUUCCUUGUUUCUGUCCCCUUUGCAUUCAGCUUCUAACUAUCUCCCCCAAAUGAAGUCCAACUCUUAAGGCGCACAAUCAAGACUCCCCCGCAUCCACACCCCCACACCCCCCCCCACACACACACACACACAGCGUAUGUGUUGUUGGACACAUCCUGUGUUCAGUCAUGGAGGAAGAUGAGAUGGAAAUGGAUGCAGAAGAGCUCCAGAUGUGGGUCAGAGAUCAGGUAGAGAAGGCCGAGCUGAUCUCUCCAGCUCUCCUGCAGAAGUACGAUGAACUUCACCGUCUCCUGGAAGGCAGACAGAAUCAGACCAAACGGAUGCUGCAACUCUGCCAGUCUUUAACAGCCUGUGAAAACCUUGCCAAGGAGCUGUAUAGUGGACUUGGAUGGGAGUAUGAGGUCUUGGACUCCGAUGAAGGGAACAAACCUCCAAGUAAUGGACACACUCUGCCGUCGUCCGCUAGCUCUGAGAAUCUUUCAUCUCCUUCUCCUGGAGGUCAAACCACUCAGUUACCAAAAACUCAAAAGACAUUUGAGGAUCAAAAAGUUCCCUUAGGUCUGAAAGAAAAAGCUGUUGUUGUUUUAAGAAGACUCAGUAGAUCGCAGCUCGCCAAAUUCAUCAAAGUUCAGAAUCCACCGGUGCUUCAGAAUGGGAAAGGUGACGGGGACGAUCUGAGGGAACCAGAGGUAGACUCCAACGAUGAAGAGUUUCAGAUCCCUGAUAACAUGACUCAAAAGAAGAGAAAAAUCCAUCACAAGAACCAAAACCUGGAGCAAAGACCCGUAAAAAGAAUCAGAACUGAUGUGGUGGAUAAAACUGGCAGGGAAGCUCAGAAGAUCCCGUCUCCCCGAGUCAGCCUCAGGAUUGCUGCUUCAAGCCACGCCACAAAAGAUCGGGAACGACAGUCGGAGACCGCAAAAACAGCAGCAGCAGCAGCAGCACGCCGGUCAGAACCAGCAAGACCGCGGUCCAAACCGGAAAAAACAAGAACGCCGCCUGCAACUGUAGAGAAGACACUGAAAGGUGGAGAGGACAACAAGGGGAGGCAGGCAGCAAGCGCUUCCUCUCCAGCAGGAAACCAGACCGGUAAUGCAGGAGUGGCCUCCGCAAAGAGCCAGACGAAGGUUCUGGCGAAGACGCCGCCAGAGGAGCUGACGCCAAACACGAGCGUCCUGGCAAGGAAAACGGGGCUGCACUGGGAGCUGGGGAAAAUUACAAAAAUAGUAAGCAAGGGUGAUGGCGGGGUGAAAUACAAGAUCAAUUUUGACCAGAAAGGAAAGCGCUUGGUGUCUGGUCACCAUAUGGCCUUUAAAUCCGUGGCAAAGGUAGAUCAGCUGGAUAUCGGCUCCCGUGUGGUGGUCCAACGAGGUGAGAAGUACCUUCCAGGUAUCCUGGGAGAGGUCCCUUCCAGAAAGAACCGCAUGAGAUUCCUGGUUUUCACCGAUGACGGCGCAGCAGUUUAUGUUGGAUUACCUUUACUGCACGUGGUGUGCAGACCGUUGGAAGACCCGUUGGAUGACAUUCAGGACAAGGAUCACUGGACUUUCAUGAAGCAGUACUUGCAGGAUUGGCCUUUCCCCCCCCAGAGCCAGUACAAGGUUGGGGAGGUCAUGAAGGCAGAACAUCGGGGAACCCAGCAGGACUGCAAGGUUCUGCUCAUCGACAGUAGCUUGUUGAAAGUCGUUUUCCAGAGUGACGGGCACACAGAGUGGAUCUACAGAGGCUCCUUACGGCUGGAGCACAUGCUGAAACUGAGGCGCUGGAUGAUGUCCAAAAAUAAGAAGAAAACCUGAUCGUGUUUAUCAACAUGUGUCUGAAGUUAUUUCAGAAAAGAAGUUGCAGAAGGAGGACAUUAAUUGUCGAGGUGCGCUGUUAUCGAGGAACUUCCUUGUGAACAGUUGAAUGGAUUUUAUUUAGUGUCUCUAAAAGUAAAAUCUACAUCUGAAGCAUCUGUGGACAUUACGCUGCUUUACUUCACUUUUUGUUCACUUUGUAUUACAUUAAUUAUGGAUUCAUGCUUACUUUAAUGUAGUUUUUAGUCUUAAUAAAAUGUCUAUUUUUCUGCUUGUUCUUCUUUUAGCCUGAAAUGUGAUUAUAAGCAAAACAUCUGCUGUUUAUGACUGAAAAAAUAAAUGAAAAAAAUCAAAAUAAAUUCAAAUAAUCUGCAAUUA